UCAUUGAUUUAAGACACCACUCAGCAGCCGCCUGAAAAUUUUCAAUUAAAAAACAGAGAGCUUUUCAGCCGCCGGACCCAGGGAUUGGGAUUUUGCUAAGAGAAAGAACAAUAUUCCCCUGCCACACCACCCAGCAGAAGAAAUGCUUGACUUGGCUUUGCCUGUAUUUUAUUCAAAAAGCUGAGCUAUCAAAACUCCUGCGAACCUAAUACCUAAGACAAUCAUCUCCAACACAGUAAUUUCUUACUGUCGUUCCUCUGCAUUUCGCUGUCAUGGGUUUUCACCAUUCUUUAGCAGAGCACCGAAAUCCGAUCGCUCCUCUUGCAGUUAUAAAUACCCGAUUCAUUCAUCUUCUGCAUCAUCCCUUCUCCGACAUUCCCGCUAAUUCGCCACAGAGAUGCCUUCACAGACAAUGCCCUUCUUCCUGUUCUUCGUAUCCCCUGUUUUAGUGGCCACUCUGCUGGUCUACCACCUGGACUCGUUCGACCCGGUCCACCUCCCGCUCCACGAGUUGACCCAGCCUCCACUCAAAGCUCCCUUAACCAACAAUGCCAUCCUCAGAAGCUCCGAGCUGGUGGGCCAGGGUCAGCUCGACGCACCAGAGGACAUCCUCUACGACGGCGUCGCGGGCGUCUUCUACACCAGCUGCGUUGACGGGUGGAUCAAGCGAGUCACGGUGAACGAGUCGGUUGCCGAUAUGGUGGUGACGAGCUGGGUCAACACCGGCGGUCGGCCGCUCGGGCUCGCAUUCGACCGGACCAACGAUGGGUUGGUUGUAGCUGACGCUUCCAAGGGGUUGCUGAGAGUGAGCAGAGAUGGAGGAAUAGAAGUGCUGACGGUGGAGGCAGAAGGGGUGAAAUUCAAGCUCACGGACGAGAUAGCCAUAGCAGAAGACGGGGCAAUGUAUUUCACGGAUGCUUCUUCUGUAUACAGUGUGGCAGAAGCCAUCUUUGACAUUUUGGAAGGGAAGCCGCAUGGCAGGUUGCUGCGAUAUGAUCCUGUCACUAAACAGACGGAAGUUCUGCUCCAUGACCUCUACUUUGCUAAUGGAGUUCAGGUGUCCCCUGAUCAACAGUCCCUCGUCUUCUGCGAAUCAUCCAUGAAAAGGUGUAGCAAAUAUUACAUAGAUGGGGAGAAGAAGGGCAAGGUGGAGAAAUUUGCUGAUAAUCUACCUGGAGUUCCAGAUAACAUCCACUAUGAUGGUGAAGGCCACUAUUGGAUUGCGCUUCCCGGGGGAAUCAGUACCCUUUGGGAUUAUGCAUUCAAACAACCCAUUCUCAGGAAGAUUAUUGCAAUCCUGACAAAGCACCUAUGGCCACUGCAAUUGGAGAACAGUGGGGUUUUCGUGGUGGAUUUGGAGGGGAAACCUGUUGCACUUUACAGUGAUCCUCAACUCUCCAUGAUCACCAGUGGUGUCAAGAUUGGAACCCACUUGUAUUGCGGCUCCCUUGUAGAUAACCGCAUCCUUCGCCUUGAUCUGGCUAAGCAUCCAGCACAGCAGACCGCAUGAGUUAUGAAAGCAAACGAACGAGAAACAUAAAACUCAGCACUUAGU